AUGUCUGGAACCCCUCGUUGGUGGCCGUAUCGUGUUCCUAUAGAAGUGGCCGUAAAAAAGACUGCCGUAGCUGUUGUAGGGGUAAUCGUAGGAGCUAAUGUGGUUUCGUACUACUGGAAGCCUAUGCAGUCUGGAGGAAGUGAUCACUAUGGUAGCGAUGGCGAUCUUCGAUCGACAUUAUUUAAAAGGGUUUUCAAAUUGUACAAAAGACGGGCCCCGCCACCGGAUCUAAGCGGUGUUCUCGAUCCUUCUAGCAGUAGUGAAUUUGGAAUCGUUAAUCGUCAGUUGCUGAAUUCGAAGAACAUCACGGCUAGUGAAUUGGAAGAGCUGGGUUUGAAACCUUUGGAAGAGUGGAAUGUCAAAACUUUGAAAGACCGAUUAGGAUUGUACAUCAUUCCCAAUGUGCUUAGGGCUGACGCUGUCGAAAUGUGGCUUCACCGAGUGUUUAAGUAUGCAGAACCUCCUAACAUCACCAAUCUUACGGCUCAUGGUACCAGUCCAAAGAGUGAUGUUCUUCGAUUAGCUGGUAAAUCGCUUAGAUGGACAACGUUAGGAAUCGCCUACAACUGGGACACUAAAGAGUAUCCGUUGACUGGAGACCCUCUCCCAAAAGAGCUCGUCCAUUUAUACUCCACUACUCAUUCCANUAAGCAUUUCAGUGAUGUUCUUCGAUUAGCUGGUAAAUCGCUUAGAUGGACAACGUUAGGAAUCGCCUACAAUUGGGACACUAAAGAGUAUCCAUUGACUGGAGACCCCCUCCCAAAAGAGCUCGUCCAGUUUGCAGAUGUUGUGACGCGAUAUCUUGGUCUGGGACCUAUGCAUGCAGAUGCGACCAUAGUGAACUACUACCCGCCAAAGUCGGAACGAACAUCAGCUCCAUUGGUCUCGUUCUCACUUGGUCAAUCAGCAAUCUAUCUGACGGGAGGUAAUACGCUUGACGACGAAGUCAUUCCACUAUGGCUCCGUUCUGGAGAUAUUUUGGUGAUGUAUGGCUCCCAACGGCUUGUCUACCAUGCUGUAGCGGCUAUUCAUCAACACCAACAAUUCACCUUCAACGAUCCUCUACUGCAGCAGUUCGCGAACACCAGUCGAGUGAACAUCACUGUUCGCCAGGUGAAUCCGGUACCCUCAUAG